GUACGUACUACGUAAUGUUAUCGAUGCAGUGUUUCUUUGAAAUAUUAUCAUUUUCUUUUCUUUUGCAUUAUUGAGCAGUUAAGGUGUUGUUGGUCCAACUUUGUUUGCGCCACCAAACUCGGAUAUCACAUUAACAAUUUUGUUGACCGUGGCAGUGAACUUAAAAUGCAGAAGCCACUUUGCUUCCUUCAGUAUCUUUUGAACAGAAACGCAUUAUGGUGGUAUUCCGAUAUUGUGGCGGAAGCACUGUUAGCCACAUGGUUAGCCAGCCAGGUCUGCAUUUAUAUAUCAGCACGUUUCUUCCCGCAAUGGCAUUCCACUCGUGCCGAGCCGGAUGCGCAAGUUUUGGAUAUGGCGCAGUCUUUGCUUGGAUAUGAGACGGAGGGGUGUUUUUGGGAUCGGAUUUGUGCGUAUUGGACCGAGUUAGAUAAUCCAGUGUGCCGCAAUGAAUCGUUCGUACCACUUCCACCCUCCGAUGCUGACAGCAGUAUUGGCUUCACUGGUGUUUGCACCGCACUGUCGGCCACGGGCAUUCUAAUUCUAUCCUUGGAGUGCUUCGCAUUUGUCAACCGGUACUGGCGGCCUCCACGGGCAAAUAACAAGCAUGUGGUGUGGUUUCAUAAGUUUAUACCAAUUUGGCCGCCCCUAAACAAGUCUUCUGCAGUCCCCGGCUCCGUACCCAACAAGCCAUCGCCGGGAACAGCUGUUGUGGCGUGCUCGUUCAUUACAACGAUGUUGGUAGGUUGCGCUGGAUUCUACUUUGGGAAACUGGUCGCACUUGCACCGGUGAUGCUUGUUGCCACCAUUGCCCGCUUAUUAGUUAAUCAAUAUGGUGAAAGUGUGGCGCUUCCAUGCUACAUCGUAUUCAAUACCAUCACAUCUCUGUACUGCACCGGGAGAAUCUGGGGCAUGUGGAUGCAGAUGUCGUAUAUUGGGUGGAUUAUGGAUAUAUUACAAAAGCUCGGCAUUCAGAUCAUUGUGGACGACCCAGUUAACGAUGAGUCAGCGCAAGCAAAAAGCGACCCCAGUGCCAACGCCCCUCAGCAGGAAAAGCGGAUGCCGUCGUCCCGAAUACAUUUCUUUAUGAGCGCGGCGCUCCUCUAUCUUGGAUCGUGUGGCAUGGUCAUGAACAUGAUUGCCAUCGUAGGCACGGCGUUCCCCCUGGUACUUCCAGGGUCGGUUUCUAGCACACACUCUGUGAAUCAAUCUGCAAACAAAACGGUGUUGAACUACCAAGCGGCGAAAUUAUCGUACUGGAUGAAUAUACGCACCUUCCUAAACGGCACCGACCCAGCGGAUUACGGUAUCGCGGAUGUACCAGCAGCUACCGGCAUACUGUUUUCAGUAUGGACCGGAACACUCACCGUCGUCAGUCUUAUCCCGUACACAGCGGCGGCAAUAUACGUAAUUUGCCUGUACAUCAACUGCUUCUGUGAACCAUGUUCUAAGAAAAACUCUGCAGCUAGAAGCGCCGCUUCCGCCUCAGUGAGCACGCAGGAUGAUGACGAAUGCUGUUGCGAGCCGUUAAUCAGCGGCAUGUAUUACGCAGGAAGCAUGCUGGCGAUGUUCGCGCUUCUCACGAUUCUACCUCAGACCAUCAUGGAAUUCUUCCUGCCUGAGAGAUAUCAGUUCCCGGGUAUCUUGUUACUGCUGAGCAUCCUGACCUUAUGGUUGUACUAUCAGUUCGUCCGGUCCGUUCGGAAAUGCUGUACCACCCAGAACAAAGCCAAAAGAAGCGAAGUACAAGCCGAUGACGUCGAGGCAUGUCUUACCGGCGCACAUUGUACGACUAAUUCGUAAACGUGACAGCAGUUGUCACAGGGUGUUUUUUUCUGUGUCCUAAUGCUACGUCACACAUAAGUAAUUUUGUGAGCUAAUUUUGGUACUGUCGAUAUUUACCGUACUGUGUAGUAGUGUGUACUUUUAUUGGCUGUAGCUUUUAGUGGAGCUAUUUUUGUUUACGGCGAAGUUGAACUGCUUUGCUUCCUUCCCUGACAUACAUCGCCUGCUCAUCAGAAGCAGCGGGAUGUGCAGCAAGUUGACGCAGAAGAUCGAAAGAGACGCUAGUAUUCGGA